AUGUACAACUUCUGUUGCGGUCUCCAUGGAAGUCCACUUUUAGAUGCAGGACAGGUCACCCUGCAUGGAGCCCUCUCCACUCACCCCUCACUGGUGUCCUUGGAUUUGGGUGACUGUAUGCUUGGAGAUGAGGAAGUUUGUCUCAUUUGUGGCAUGUUUCCUCCGGAUGGAGCCAAAUCAGGACUUAAAGAGCUCACACUGAGUGCCAACCCAGCUGUCAGCACGCAGGGCUGGGCUCCACUGGCCAUCACCGUGGCUCAUACCUCACAGUUACGGGUCCUCAACCUCGACUACAACCUCUUAGGGGAUCACAUCGCUGGGAUGCUGGCUGUCUCUGUCGCAUCCAGUCGAAUACUUGAAGUCCUGGACUUGGAGGGAACAGGCCUCACCAAUCAGUCAGCACAGGUCUUCCUUGAUAUGGUGGAGAACUACCCCACCAGCCUGCGUGUGCUGGUUCUAGCCGAGAACGACAUCAGUCAUGAGCUGCAGCAGCAGAUCUCAGAUCUCCUCUCUGAAGGUGAGGAGGAGGAGGGUAGGGAUGGAGAGGCACGCGGAUGCUCGGUGCCCCCCAGGGAGAAACCCGCCUGGGUUCCCCACAGCAGUAAGGGCUGA